AUGGCUACAGACUCGUACUCGCACACGUUCACCUGGAAGGGGCACGGAAGCACGGUCGUCGCGACCGGGACGUUCGAUGAUUGGAAGUGCUCCCUCCCACCCCUGACGAAGCAGGCAGAUGGGUCCUUCGCCGGCCACGUCCAGCUUCCGUUCGGCAAGAAGGUCCUCUACAAGUACGUCGUCGACGGACAGUGGAUGCCGAACCACGACGAGCCGACCGAGACCGACUUUUCGGGCAACGUCAACAACGUCCUUCACGUCCCCGAGCACAUCGCUGUCGUCGAGAACGUCUCGUCCGGCACCGACACUUCCGCCGUCCUCCCCGUGCCCUCUUCGAGCGUGACGGUCGCAGGAGACGUCUCCUCGACCGCUCCCGCCACCACCUCGACCGCGGCUACCAACACCUCGAACGCUCCCGCUACCGUGACCGAGCAGGCGAAGGAGACGGCUGCGCAGGUUCAGACAACCGCGGCCGACUUGGCGGCGCAGGCGCAGACCAAGGUCCAGGAGGUUGCGCCGCAGGUCCAGGAGAAGGCGAAGGAGCUCGCCGGCAAGACGCAGGAGACCGUCGGACCCGCUGCCGCUACCCUCGGAGCUGCCGUCGUCGCGACUGCUGGCGCCGCUGCUGCCGGCCUCGCCUCUCUCGCCUCGUCCGCCACCGAGACGACUACGGAGGCUUUGGCGCAGGCUCCGUCCGCCGCGAAGGACCUCUCGGCGCAGGCUUCGUCCGCCGCGUCGACCGCCCAGGCCAAGGUGCAGGAGUCCGCCAGUCAGGUCGCACAGGAAGCGCACACGACUGCCGUUGUCGCCAAGGACAACGGCCCGCAGUCGACCGCCGCCGCGCCCAAGUACAACGAGCACACCGCCGUUGUCGCGAAGGAGCCCGCACCCGUCGCUCCCGCCGUCGCUGGCGCAGCCGGACCCGAGGCGCACUCGACGGCUGCGGCGCCCAAGUACGACGAGCACACGGCCGUCGUCGCAAAGGAGGAGGUGCCCGCUGCUCCCUCUGUCCCCGUCGGCGCUGGCUCGGAAGCUCACGUCACGGCCGCUGCCGACAAGCAGGUUGCUGAGCCCGAGCACAAGCCCGUCGAGGGCCUCAUCGCGCCUAAGGAGAAGCCUGAAGACGCCCCCUUGAUCGGCGCCGGUAUCGCUGCUGUCGGAGCUGCCGUCGCUGGAGUCGAGCUCCUCGGCCACAAGGUCGUCGAGGCCGUCCACCCUCACGCCGCGCAUGCCAAGGAGGCCGGCUCACAGACGCUUCAGGACGCCGCCCACACCGCCGAGCAGUACCUCGACCACACCCGCCAGGAGACGGAGAAGCUCGCGCACCAGACGUACGGGCAGGCGCAGCACCAGGCCGUCAACGUCAAGGAGAAGCUCUUCGACGCUCUCCACCUCGGCAAGAAGAAGGCUGCCGAGACCUCGAAGCGCGCGUCGACCGUCCUUCCCGCCUCGGCUGCCGCUGCCGCCGGCGCAACUUCGGGCGUUCCCGACAAGGAGAUCACGCCUCUUCCCGUCAGCGAGGCUCCCGGUGAUGCUACGUCGACUGUGCCAGACCAGGUCGUGACGAAGCUGCCCGCGAAUGAGGCGCCCGUCGCAACUGACAAGCCCGACCCUCAUCCUCCCGUCUCCAAGGCCGUCGUUCCGACCUCGACCUCGACCGGCACUGCUUCGUCGUCUGCCGAAGCGCCCACUCUCCCUGCCAAGGACAUCACGCCUAUCACGCCUUCGGAGGCUCCGGUCGCCUUGCAGCAGGGCAGCAACGCCGUCCCGACCGCCUACAACGCCGUCGCUCCCGCCAGCACUGCUUCGACGAGUGCUCCUGCGCCUGCACCUGCCCGAUCGUCGCCCCUCCCGCCUCCUCCCUCGCAGCCUCUCCCGCCGUCGCCCGCUCCCGCUCCCACCGCCUCUUCCCCUCCGGCUCGCGUCAGCAGCGGCACAGCUCCCGCGCUCGCUCCUCCCGUCGCGCCCGUCGAGCCUGCUCCCGUGAGCUCAAAGGCCGUCCCUGCUGGGCCUACCACGACCGCCCAGCCCGGCACGACCGCUCCCAGCUCAGCCGCUCCCGCUUCGACCCCCGCGACGCCGCAAAAGGCCGAGCAGUUCACGACCGCGCCGACUACCCCGGCCAGCACGCUCGGCAAGCAGGCGGGCAGGCAGGCGCUCGGCGCCGCGAGCGGACGCGACGAGAGCCCGUCGCCGAGCAUCAACAGCGGCAAGGAGAAGCGCAAGUCGUUCUUCUCCCGCGUGUUCUCGUCGAGCGGCAAGAAGGGCAAGGAGUGA